AUGUCAACAAUAACCCUAAUAAUCUCCCCCUUCCACACCGGCCUCCACGCCCACCGCGUAGGCAAAGGCCCGCACCACAUACUCUCCCAAAACCUCCUCCCACAACUCACCUCUCUCGGCCUAACUAUCGAAACCCACGAGAUCCCUCGCGUCAACAACUUCGAGGGCGAGAUUGGUCGCAGUUUUGAGGUUAUGCGCCGUACCUCUGUGGCUGUCGCGGAGGCUGUGGAGAGGGGUACCUGGCCGUUGGUGCUGUCGGGGAAUUGUAUGGCUAGUGUUGCUGUUGCUUGUGGGUUGGAGAAGGCACAGGUGCAGGGGCAAAAGAAAGAGGGGAAAUUAGGGUUUAUUUACUUUGAUUCGCAUGAUGAUCUCGAUUCCCCGGAUGUCAAUGAGAAUGGGUAUUUUGAUGCGAUGGGUCUUUCCAUGCUGCGCGGGGAAAGCUGGAAGAAGCUUAUGAGUACGGUUCCGGGGUAUGACCCGUCAAACCCAUUCGAUUACCGCUCGAACCAGAACCGACUUUUGUACGUUGGCUUGCGCGAUCAAUCCGACUUACAGCGGGAACGGGUUGUUGAGGCGGGUAUGGAUUCGAUCUGGGGCGGGAAUCUGAACCCGCGGACGGACUUCGGGGCUGAGUUGGAGAAGAUUCUUGAGAAGGAUCCGUUUGGGGAUGCGGUUGUGCAUCUUGAUUUGGAUGUUCUUGAUGCUGGGGUUUACGGCAAGGUGAAUGAUUAUCCGUCCGAGGGGGGACUUUUGGAAGGGGAUUUGGUUCGGUCUUUGGAGGUGGUGGGGAAGAGGGUUAGCUUGCCGAAGGCGUUGGUGGUUUGUCAGUUUGAUCCGGAUUCUGGGGAUGGGGAUUUGAUUGCUGGUAUUGCGAUCAAGGGAAUUGUGACGCUUUUGAAGACGUUGUUGGAGAGGGGUGUUUUGAAGCCCAAGACCCCUGCUCCUUAA